AUGCGACCCGCCUCCUGGGCAGCGACGGCUGCCACGGCCGCCACGGCCUGGUCAGUGGCUGCCGCACCGGCGACGCGCUGUCAACAGCCUUCUCUUCACAUGCUUGACAGCAUCAUCGGCCGGAAGCAAGGGAUCCAGGACUCUGGUGCCGCGAGCAGCACCCUCGAGAGCGGCAUCCUGAGCCAGGCCCUCCAGGAGGCCAUCGCUCGCUACCCCAGCACAAAGGACAAGUACGCCAGGUACUUGUCAGACGUUCUCGACAUCGCCUCCUCCAAAGGCCUCACGGAUGCUGCCCAGGCUGCCAAGAAGCCGCUGGAUAGAUUCUCCCUCGCCACAGCCAUUCAGACAGCAAUCAAGUCAGACGUCGCUCCCGUCACCGAAAAGUCCGUCGAGGCGUACAAAGCAAUAGCUGCCUCCCUGCCGCUGCAAAAGCGAAACCCCGACGGCGGCCUGUGGUAUUACCUAUACCCUGAGUGGAGUUACUUGGACGGCAUCUUUUCCCUGCUGCCGUACAUGGCAUCGCAAACGAAUAGAAACUUGCGGGACAUGCGGCUCCAACUCGACCUGCUCCGUGAGCAUUGCGCGCAAGCAAGCACGUCCCUCUUCGUGCACGGAUAUGAUUGGUCGCGCAACGCCGUUUGGGCCAACAAGAUCACCGGCGCCAGUCCCUAUGUCUGGGGCCGGGCGCUCGGCUGGUUUUUGUCCGGUUUGGUUCAGACCUGGGACCAGCUGUCCUGCAAAUCGGCGGAAAGAGGCCAACUCCUGCAAUUAUGCGGCGACAUCCACAACGUCACCUUCCAGGUUUCGGCAGCCCUUGUCCAAUACGCCGAUCCCAAGACAGGCGCUUGGUGGCAGAUUGUAACUCUCCCUGGCAGAGAGGGCAACUACCUCGAGAGUUCGAGCACCGCGCUCUUCACCUUUUCCAUCCUCAAAGCCUUGCGCAUUGGUCUCCUUUAUGGCGACGUACCCAGCUAUAGAGAAACGGCGAUCAAGGCCUACAGCUAUAUGCGUGACAACUUUGUGACCGAUACUGGCCACGGCACAAUCGGGUUCGACAAGACCGUUUCCGUGUGCAGUCUCAACUCAACAGCCACGUAUGAAUACUACACAAAAAGGCCGAUUCUUCCCAAUAGUCUUUUGGGCGAGUCCGCUUUUGUGUUGGCAUCGUUGGAGGUGGAACGGCUUGGCGGCCAUUGA